UCUCUUAUUUUUUCCCUUGUUUUUUUAUUUUAUUCUGAAAUCCUUCCAUGUGUCAUAUAUCCCUAAAUUCAUUUUCCUGAAGAUGUUGAGAGCGCGUCGCCCCAUUGUGAUUUUUGUCAGUUUUAUAAAACUGUGUUUUCUUCGUCGGGUGGAAUUUGUUUUCACGGUGGUCGUUUUUUGUCCGUUCGUGUUUGAGUGACUGAAUCUGUGUCCUCCCAGGAUAGUCACUCCUCGCUGCUGCCGCCGCAUCAUAGGACCCGGAGUCUGACUCACUGUCACCUGCUCCCGAUGGAAGUCGUAAAACGAUUCCCUGUUUUGGAUAAUGCCCGAUCACGUGAACUAUUCAUGUCACCUUUGGGCAUGAAAGACUCCAGGUUGAUGUCGGUUCUCACCGCAGAACAGAAGAAGUUGUAGCAGUAAGUGCGACUAAAGGAGCAAAAACUUUUACGCAGCGCGCGCGUCAGGUUUUUGGUUUUACGCGCGUCUGCCAUUCUCCGUAAUGAACGCCGGGGAGAGCGCCUCUAAGGGGCAUGAGGACUCCAAAUCCCAGGGGGACUUUAGAGAACGCAGGGAGGCCUGGUCCCGUGAAUAAUCGCGCUGCAGCAUGCCCUCCUGGCCCAAUGACUCGGAGUGCCUCCCGCGUAACUGCAGCUGGGAGGAGACCUACAACACCACGAGCAGCGCCGACCAGCCCGCGCCUCCGCUCAACUACUACUCAAUCCCUCUCCUCACGUUCAUCACCGUCGCCUGCUCGCUGCUGUUUCUGGUUGGAGUGGCCGGGAAUGUCAUGACCAUCCUGGUGGUGAGCAAGUACAGGGAUAUGCGCACCACCACCAACCUCUACCUGUGCAGCAUGGCUGUGUCUGACCUGCUUAUUUUCCUUUGCAUGCCGCUGGACCUCUACCGCAUGUGGAGGUACCGGCCCUGGCGCCUCGGAGACGCGCUCUGCAAACUCUUCCAGUUUGUGUCCGAGUCUUGCACGUACUCCACCAUCCUGAACAUCACCGCGCUGUCGGUGGAGCGCUACCUGGCCAUCUGUUUCCCGCUGCGCGCCAAAGCUCUGGUCACCAAAAGGCGAGUGCGCGCACUGAUCUGUGUUCUGUGGACGGUGUCCCUGUUUAGCGCGGGGCCUGUGUUUGUCAUGGUUGGAGUGGAGCGGGACAAUGUGGAACCACUAAACCUCACGUCCCGGAUUAAUACAACUGGCUUGCUUUUGGAUGUUGGGGACACUCGGGAGUGCAGGAUGACGCACUACGCCGUUGAGUCAGGCCUGAUGGGGGCCAUGGUGUGGCUGAGCUCGGUGUUUUUCUUCAUGCCAGUGUUCUGUCUGACGGUGCUGUACAGUCUCAUUGGCCGUCGUCUGUGGCAGAGGCACAGGGAGACGAACAUGAGCUCCCGUGUGGCUCACAGAGACAAAAGCAAUAGGCAGACCAUCAAGAUGCUGGUGGUGGUCGUGUUGGCCUUCGUUCUGUGCUGGUUGCCCUUCCACGUGGGCCGCUACCUGCAGUUCCGCUUCCUGGACGCGCCCUCUCCGCUGCUGUCCUUGCUUUCCGAGUACUGCAGCCUGCUGUCUGUCGUGCUCUUCUAUCUGAGCGCGGCGAUAAAUCCGAUCCUCUACAACACCAUGUCGUGGAAGUACCGGGGUGCGGCAGCGCGCCUGUUUGGCCUGACCGACGGACAGCCGUCCCGGUGCCGCACAGCCAGCACCUUGAAGGGCGACGGCUCAAGCGGCUGGACAGAAUCCACUGUGAGCUUUUGAACCCAACCGAGUUAAGGAGCCAACCUGGAAGCCAUCAUUUCUGUCAGAGAGGGGACGAUCUCCAAAGACUUGCCUUUCUUGAAUGAGAGCAUGAACCACAAAAGGUGAAGCUGCUUAAACUGAAUUAUUGCAAAAGCUAGUUUUGCUCUUAAACGUUCCGCGACGUGUCAGAUUCUUUCAGCAAGUGCCAUAACAUUUGAAAGUGGAGUGUAAACGACCUUCACACCGUCUGGAAAUGCUUCUUGGCCUGAAUAUGAACAAAAAAGAGGAGCAUGUUGUACAUAUAAACGUAAAUAUCACACACAUCUACAAAUGCCUUAUACCGUAUUCUGGAUGACAAAAGGAAGCACUGUAGAAUUUUAAAACUCGUAUUUCUCUGUACUCCUUCAAAGCGGGGCAGAGGUGCAGAUUGUGUGCAAGCGUGUGUGUAACUGUGUAGCAGACUGUCAGUGAGGCAGACUCAGUGUUAUCCAUAUUUCCAAAGACCUGCAUGUUGAAUUUCCACUCCAUGCUUGCGCUGAUGCUGCAAACAGGGGUCGCAGUCGCUGGCAUAAAAGGGUAUUCUGGUGUUUUAGUGCCUGAACAGCAGUGCUUUAAUUGUACUUUACAUUUUUGGAUUGAAAGCUUUGUUUUUUAUAGGGAUGGGCUGAU